GAGAAAGCGACGAAACAUGUACAGUCCGAAAUAGUCGGGCACGAGUCGAGUUAUGCGUGUAAACGCGCGGCGUUGGCACGCGUAGGCGAUCGAAUCGUUCGGGGCCAGCCAGAGCUCUCGCGCGUGCGGUUACGAGCUCGAGUACAUGGGCCGUAUACCGGAGCAACCACACCUUUCUGCGAGUUCGCGAGCACGAUCUCUUCGAUUCUCUCGUUCGUCGUCCGUGAAUACAUACGUGAUCGAACGAUCACGCGACCCGGAGACGGCGGAGACACGGUGCAGAGACCGGAGUGAACAGUUCGGGCCAGUGAAAGGACGGCUGGACAUUUCUUUGUUUCAACCGGACGUUUUCAUCUCUCCGUUCGUCUAGAUAGAAGUUCUGUGCGCACGAUGUCGAAUCUCGCUGGAUCGAGUCGAGAGUGAAGCGUCGAGGAGUCGAGAAAAAUUAAAGGCGUUAAAUAUUUCUCCGCGUUCCUCGGAUUUCGCGAGUUCUACCAUCGGCUCACGCGUCAAGUAACGGAGUUUGCGUUCGCUUCGUUCUGUCCAGGAAAACGACCGAGAGAAGCUGAUGAUGUCGAAGACACGUCCAUGCGACAUACCAUGCUGCUGCUGCAUACCGACCGCGAAGAAUCAGAUUACGUUUAGAACGCGUUGAGUCCGACUCUGACCAAGCAGAGAUGUUAGGAAUUUAGUCGGGACGAUCCGGAAUUGACGAAAAAUGAGAACGGUCAAGUUCGUCGUCCGUCCGGUGCUUUUACUAUUUUUUCUUCUACUUGUUAACGUCGUGUCAUCGGCCCCUACCUACGAACACGUCGCACUCCAAGCUGGCGAUCAGUGCGACUGGAUCGGGAGCGGAGGAGGCGGCCGAGGCGUCCGGCCAGUGUAUCUACGAUGCUCCAGAGGAACCGUGCUCUGGCGUUACCCGCGCGGAGCCCUGCGCGUAGUUCUCUCGCCUCCGGUUCCGACCCAAUUCGCCAGGGCGAAAGACGCUGCUCGAAGGAACGACAGUAAUUCGAUCGGCAGCAACGGGAAUUUCCGACUGGCCGAUUUUCGUACUUGCACCAAGGUCUCGGGUCCGAUAAGAGUAUACUUGGAGACUCACGGAAAACUCCGGCCGGUGUACUCCCCGAGGGAUGGCAAGCACAAAGCCGCGCAUAGAUGCUUCCACGUGAAGAAACAGCCCGCGGCCCUGUACAUAGAAGCGGAAGAGCUCGCGUCGGACGAUCGUCGAGACGCAAGGCUACAGUACGAUCUGGAGUCACGAUUGUACGACGAUCGACGAGAAAGAUCGCGACGAUUCGUCGACGAGGAAGAGGAAGAUUGCAGACCGUGUACCAUGAACGAAUUGGCCAAGGCUUAUUGUCAAAGCGAUUUGGUAGCCAGAGGUACGGUCAGCGCCGUUCAGAGACAACCGGAUUUGGAAGCUGCCGAACUCGUUCUCGGGGUGACAAAGAUUCUUCAUCGGAUCGAAGAGAACGAGAGCAACAACGACGUGGACGUCGUGGAUCCUCCUAAUCGCAAGCACGUUCGCGUAAGGGUACCGACUGCCUGCGACGCGCGUCACGGCCAGGGAGAGUUUGUGAUAAUGGCUAAACGAAGACUCGGUGACCUCGUUCUAGUCUGCGCGCCUAGACUAGAGACUUGGAUAAAGGCAGUCCGCGAGUUGGAAACUGCGCCCUGCGUUCUGCGAAGCUAGCAGAUCCACCGAGUAACAACGAGAUACAUGCCUGUAAAUAAUUUAUAUUUUCCUACUCUGUACGCCACGAAUAUCGAUCUCCAAACUGUGAUACUGUUUUGUAGAAAUUUUAUCGCAACAAAUACACCAUUUUUCAGUAACAUCA